AUGCCUGGAGGACGAGGGGCGAAGAAGAGUGGACGCGGUGACGGAGGACGCGGUGAGGCGUCACGUCAGUCGCGUCGUGUUCAAGGUAUGGAGCCUGAGGAGCACACGGACCUGGAAACAGUCGUCCGCGACGCUCGGAAGGCGAAGAAGGCUGCUCGCGAGAGCGAGGGAGUGCAAGAUGGGGACGUCGAGGCGUCUGCAGUUCAAGAUCAGCCUGCUGCUGGGUCGCAAACUCAGGAGGAAGAAGUUUCCUUUGAGUUCCAAGGUUCGACGGAGGCGAUUUCUGGGUCGCGGAUUCCUGAAGUCCGAGAGGAUCACACCCGCGAGGGUGGUGCUCAGGCGUCUGAGGGAGGCGCCAAUGCGGUUGAGCCCCCGGAGGUGAUUGACUUGGCCUCAUCUUCGGACGAGUCUGUUGUGGAAGUGAAGCCGGAGCCCGUGCGAGCGAAGGAAGAGGCGAAGACCCAGAGUUCCAAGGCGAAUUCUGGGUUCGCACCACCUGAACCCAGAGUUUCAGCGCCAAGUUCGCAAGCGGCACCCAGGAAGACGCCUGAAAGCGACAUCCGGGAACCUGCUGCGCCUGCUCCGGAAUCGGGAGCAGCGGCGUUGGACACUGAUAGCAUGGUGCUGUACGUCCGACGUGAAGUUCGACGCUGGGAAGAGGUGAACCCUGGGAGAGUGACGCCCCCGAGUGUCGUCUACGAGUGGCCGACUCCGAAACCGGACGCUAACUCGUACUUCGCGGCCGCGUACGCAACGGGAGACUACUUCAAGUGGCGUUUGUCUCUUGCGAAUCAAGAUGAAGCCUGGAUCUCUGAGUUCCAUCUCGCCCGGUGGGGCGUCGGAACUGCCCAGGAUCUCAUGGCGACUACGAUUCCCCAGAAUAUCAUGACCGCACGCGAAUGCGUCGCCAUUCGGCAGACUCUGUUCUUCGAAGCUGGUUUCGAGUUUGUCAACUUGGGCCCUGGCUGGUCUACAACGCGUGCUUCCAGGAUUCCAGAAAGUCUG